CUCAGAGCAGAGGGGAUCCCAUAUAAAAGAAGGGAGAGGAUUACAGCUUGGAAUGAAGAAGAAGAAAUACAUGCCGUAUAAUCACCAGCACAAGUACUUCUUCUUCAUUGGGCCUCCAGCACUGAUUCCCGUCUAUUCCCAAUGGUAUAUUUUCUACUUUGCAAUACGGCGCAAGAAGUGGGCGGACCUGGCCUGGAUGAUUUCUUUCUAUGUGAGGUUUGGUCUGUGUUACAUCCCGUUCCUGGGAGUGAGCGGCACCAUCGCUCUGUUCAUGGUGGUUAGAUUUAUUGAGAGCAACUUGUUUGUGUGGGUCACUCAGAUGAACCACAUUCCAAUGAACAUUGACUAUGAUCCAUAUCCCAUAAUUCUCCCCUUUUCCUUUUUGCCUUUCUAUUUAGCCUCCUUUCAGUGGCGUAAGUAGAUAUUACUGGGCCCAGGCCUGGCUAUUUGAGGAUUCCCAGAGGGGCUGCUGUAAGAUGCCAUAGACAUUUAUUGACCCCAGCAGCUAACAAAUAUUACUCUGGGAG